GGGGCGGGCAACGUGGCCACGGGAGGAAGUUUCCUGAAGUUGUCAGUUUAUUCCGGAGCUCGGCCGGCGACCCGGCCGGAUCGCAGAGGCCGCCCUGCCUGGGUGAAGUCGGAGUUGGGGUGCUCAGGAAGAGCGGCGCCCUAGUCGGAGAGGGCGGCUUGGCCUCUUUCUGCCUUCUCGCCCCUCGCCUUCCGGGCGCGCUGCCGGGCUCGGACUAGGACAGAAGAGGAGGAGGAAAGGUUGGGGUGGCCAGCGCUGCCCCUCCCGGGCUUAUUACGCCCGGGGCGCGGAGCCGCGUAGACUGUCUCCCGGGACGGAGCCACGGGGUACCGGACCCCACCAGGAUUAAAAAACAGGGCGGAGGGAAGGGAGACCUCGAGGACCCCCUCUCCAGGCUGGUCACCAUGUGGGGGCUUUGGAUCUGGACGCUGCUGGCUCUGCAUGAGAUCCGCGCGGCCGGAGCCCAAGAUGACGUGUCCCCCUAUUUCAAGACGGAGCCUGUGCGGACACAGGUGCACCUGGAAGGAAACCGCCUGGUGCUCACGUGCAUGGCCGAGGGCAGCUGGCCGCUGGAGUUCAAGUGGCUCCACAACAACAGGGAGCUGACCAAGUUCUCCCUGGAAUACAGAUACGUGAUCACCAGCCUGGACCGCACCCAUGCUGGCUUCUACCGUUGCAUCGUGCGGAACCGGAUGGGGGCCCUGCUGCAGCGGCAGACUGAAGUCCAGGUGGCCUACAUGGGGAGCUUUGAAGAGAGGGAGAAGCACCAGAGCGUCUCCCACGGAGAAGCAGCUGUCAUCCGCGCCCCGCGCAUCGCCAGCUUUCCCCAGCCGCAAGUGACCUGGUUCCGGGAUGGCCGCAAGAUCCCGCCCAGCAGCCGCAUAGCCAUCACGCUGGAGAACACCCUUGUCAUCCUGUCAACGGUGGCUCCCGAUGCAGGUCGCUACUACGUGCAGGCUGUUAACGACAAGAACGGGGAUAACAAGACCAGCCAGCCCAUCACGCUCGCCGUGGAGAAUGUAGGGGGACCUGCAGACCCCAUCGCACCCACCAUCAUCAUCCCACCGAAAAACACCAGCGUGGUGGCCGGGACCUCAGAGGUCACCUUGGAGUGUGUGGCCAACGCCAGGCCCCUGAUCAAGCUGCACAUCAUUUGGAAGAAGGAUGGGGUGUUGCUGUCAGGCGGCAUCAGCGACCACAACCGCCGGCUCACCAUCCCCAACCCCACCGCCAGCGACGCCGGCUACUACGAGUGUGAGGCUGUCCUGCGCAGCAGCAGCGUCCCCUCUGUGGUCCGGGGCGCCUACCUCUUUGUGCUGGAACCGCCUCAGUUUGUCAAGGAGCCAGAAAGACACAUCACUGCAGAGAUGGAGAAAGUGGUGGACAUCCCCUGUCGGGCCAAAGGUGUGCCACCGCCCUCCAUCAGCUGGUACAAGGACGCUGCAGUGGUGGAGGUGGAGAAGCUAGCCCGCUUCCGGCAGCGCAGCGACGGGGGUCUGCAGAUCAGCGGCCUGGUGCCCGAUGACACCGGCAUGUUCCAAUGCUUCGCCCGCAAUUCGGCCGGCGAGGUGCAAACUUCCACCUACCUGGCUGUCACCAGCAUCGCCCCCAACAUCACCAGAGGCCCCCUGGACAGCACGGUGAUUGACGGCAUGUCAGUGGUGCUAGCAUGUGAGACCUCGGGGGCGCCCCGGCCAGCGAUCACUUGGCAGAAAGGGGAACGCAUCUUGGCCAGUGGCUCCGUACAGCUGCCUCGAUUCACGCCCCUGGAAUCGGGCAGCCUUCUCAUCAGCCCCACACACAUCUCCGAUGCGGGGACCUACACCUGCCUGGCAACCAACUCUCGGGGGGUCGACGAGGCCUCAGCAGACCUGGUUGUUUGGGCCCGGACCCGCAUCACCAAGCCGCCCCAGGACCAGAGCGUCAUCAAGGGCACCCAGGCCUCCAUGGUGUGCGGAGUGACCCACGACCCCCGCGUGACCGUCAGGUACGUCUGGGAGAAGGACGGGGCCACCCUGGGCGUGGAGAGCAAUCCCCGUAUCCGCCUGGACAGAAACGGCUCCCUGCACAUCUCACAGACGUGGUCGGGGGACAUCGGCACGUACACAUGCCGGGUGAUCUCAGCGGGAGGCAACGACUCUCGCAGUGCCCACCUGCGAGUCAGGCAACUGCCCCACGCGCCCGAGCACCCGGUGGCCACCCUCAGCACCUCGGAGAGACGAGCCAUCAACCUGACGUGGGCCAAGCCGUUUGACGGCAACAGCCCCCUGAUCCGCUAUGUCCUGGAGAUGUCGGAGAACAAUGCCCCCUGGACUGUACUCCUGGCCAGUGUGGACCCCAAAGCUACCUCAGUGACAGUCAAGGGCUUGGUUCCUGCACGCUCCUACCAGUUCCGUCUCUGUGCCGUCAACGACGUGGGGAAAGGACAAUUCAGCAAAGACACUGAGAGGGUCUCCCUCCCCGAGGAGCCCCCCACGGCCCCUCCGCAGAAUGUCAUCGCCAGUGGUCGCACCAACCAGUCCAUCAUGAUCCAGUGGCAGCCGCCUCCUGAGAGCCACCAGAAUGGAAUUCUCAAGGGCUACGUCAUCAGGUACUGCCUGGCCGGCCUGCCCGUGGGCUACCAAUUUAAGAACAUCACAGAUGCUGAUGUGAACAACCUGCUGCUGGAGGACCUCAUCAUUUGGACCAACUACGAGAUCGAGGUGGCUGCUUACAACAGCGCCGGGCUGGGCGUCUACAGCAGUAAAGUCACGGAGUGGACGCUGCAGGGAGUUCCCACAGUUCCUCCAGGCAAUGUGCACGCAGAAGCCACCAAUUCCACGACCAUCCGCUUCACCUGGAACGCCCCCAGCCCCCAGUUCAUCAACGGCAUCAACCAGGGCUACAAGCUGAUCGCCUGGGAGCCGGAGCAGGAAGAGGAGGUUACCAUGGUGACCGCCCGGCCUAACUUUCAAGACAGCAUCCACGUGGGCUUUGUGUCUGGCUUGAAGAAGUUCACCGAGUACUUCACCUCGGUGCUGUGUUUCACCACCCCUGGAGAUGGGCCACGCAGCACCCCGCAGCUGGUGCGCACCCAUGAGGAUGUGCCUGGCCCUGUAGGACACCUGAGCUUCAGUGAUAUCCUGGACACGUCGCUGAAGGUCAGCUGGCAAGAGCCGGGAGAGAAAAACGGCAUCCUCACAGGGUACCGGAUCUCCUGGGAGGAGUAUAACCGAACCAACACCCGUGUGACCCACUACCUGCCCAACGUGACCCUGGAGUACCGCGUCACGGGCCUCACCGCACUCACCACCUACACCAUCGAGGUGGCCGCCAUGACCUCAAAGGGGCAGGGCCAGGUGUCAGCCUCCACCAUCUCCUCUGGGGUGCCCCCAGAACUGCCAGGGCCCCCCACCAACCUGGGCAUCUCCAACAUCGGUCCCCGAUCCGUGACCUUGCAGUUCAGGCCAGGCUACGAUGGGAAAACCUCCAUCUCCCGCUGGCUGGUGGAAGCCCAGGUAGGUGUGGUCGGGGAGGGAGAGGAGUGGCUGCUGAUCCACCAGCUCUCCAACGAGCCUGACGCCCGAUCCAUGGAGGUGCCUGACCUCAAUCCCUUCACCUACUACAGCUUCCGUAUGCGCCAGGUGAAUAUUGUGGGCACCAGCCCCCCCAGUCAGCCUUCUAGAAAGAUCCAGACUCUGCAGGCACCCCCUGACAUGGCCCCAGCCAAUGUGUCUCUGCGCACAGCCAGUGAGACCAGCCUGUGGCUGCGCUGGAUGCCUCUCCCGGAGAUGGAAUACAAUGGGAACCCGGAGUCCGUGGGCUACAAGAUCAAGUACAGCCGUUCAGACGGGCACGGCAAGACACUGAGCCACGUGGUGCAGGAUCGUGUGGAGCGGGAGUACACCAUCGAGGACCUGGAGGAGUGGACAGAGUACCGUGUCCAGGUCCAGGCCUUCAACGCCAUUGGGAGCGGGCCCUGGAGCCAGACGGUGGUGGGCAGGACCCGGGAGUCAGUCCCCUCUUCCGGCCCCACAAACGUGUCUGCACUGGCCACCACCUCCAGCAGCAUGCUGGUGCGCUGGAGCGACGUCCCUGAGGCCGAUCGCAACGGACUCGUGCUGGGCUACAAGGUGAUGUAUAAGGAGAAGGACUCUGAUGCCCAGCCCCGAUUCUGGCUGGUGGAAGGCAACUCGUCUCGCAGUGCCCAGCUCACCGGCCUAGGCAAAUACGUGCUCUACGAGGUCCAGGUUCUGGCCUUCACCCGCAUCGGAGACGGCCGCCCCAGCCACCCUCCCAUCCUGGAGCGGACACUGGAUGAUGUCCCGGGACCACCUAUGGGCAUUCUGUUUCCGGAGGUGCGGACCACGUCUGUGCGGCUGAUCUGGCAACCCCCUGCUGCCCCCAACGGCAUCAUUCUUGCGUACCAGAUCACACACCGGCUCAACACCACCACGGCCAACACCGCCACGGUGGAGGUGCUGGCACCCAGCGCCCGCCAGUACACAGCCAUGGGCCUCAAGCCGGAGUCUGUCUACCUGUUCCGCAUAACAGCCCAGACGCGAAAGGGCUGGGGAGAGGCUGCCGAGGCCUUGGUGGUGACCACCGAGAAGAGAGACCGCCCGCAGCCCCCCAGCAGGCCGGUGGCACAGCAGGAGGAUGUGAGAGCACGCAGCGUGCUGCUGUCCUGGGAGCCCGGGAGCGACGGGCUGUCCCCUGUGCGCUACUACACCAUCCAGACCCGCGAGCUGCCCAGCGGCAGGUGGGCACUGCACUCGGCCUCCGUCAGCCACAACGCCUCCAGCUUCAUUGUGGACAGGCUUAAGCCCUUCACGUCCUACAAGUUCCGAAUGAAGGCGACCAAUGACAUUGGUGACAGCGAGUUCAGUGAGGAGUCGGAGUCACUGACCACCCUGCAGGCCGCCCCUGACGAAGCGCCCACCAUCCUCUCCGUGACGCCCCACACCACCACCUCCGUGCUAAUCCGAUGGCAGCCGCCAGCUGAGGACAAGAUCAACGGCGUCCUCCUGGGCUUCCGGAUCCGGUACCGGGAGCUGCUCUAUGAAGGACUGAGGGGCUUCACGCUUCGAGGCAUCAACAACCCGGGGGCUACAUGGGCCGAGCUUACCUCCAUGUACUCCAUGCGGAACCUGAGCCGGCCCAGCCUCACGCAGUACGAGCUGGACAACCUUAACAAGCACAGGCGGUACGAGAUACGAAUGAGCGUGUACAAUGCCGUGGGCGAGGGGCCCUCCAGCCCCCCACACGAGGUCUUUGUGGGGGAGGCAGUGCCCACAGCAGCACCUCGUAAUGUGGUCGUCCACGGUGCCACGGCCACACAGCUGGACGUGACUUGGGAGCCACCUCCGCUGGACAGCCAGAAUGGAGACAUCCAGGGGUACAAGAUUUAUUUCUGGGAAGCCCAGCAGCAGAACCUCACGGAGCGGGUGAAGACACUUUUCCUGGCUGAGAACAGUGUGAAGCUCAAGAACUUGACCGGCUACACUGCCUACAUGGUCAGCGUGGCUGCCUUUAACGCCGCUGGGGAUGGGCCUCGGAGCACCCCCACCCAAGGCCAGACCCAGCAAGCAGCCCCCAGCGCUCCCAGCUCGGUCCAGUUCAGCGAGCUGACCACAACCUCGGUGAACGUGUCCUGGGAAGCACCACAGUUCCCCAAUGGCAUCCUGGAGGGUUAUCGGCUGGUGUACGAGCCCUGCAGCCCUGUGGAUGGUGCUCCAGGACCACCUGGCGUGCCCAUCAUCGUGCGGUAUAGCUCUGCCAUCGCCAUCCACUGGUCCAGCGGAGACCCGGGCAAAGGGCCCAUCACUCGCUACGUCAUCGAGGCCAGGCCUUCAGAUGAGGGACUAUGGGACAUCCUCAUCAAAGACAUCCCCAAGGAGGUGAGCUCCUACACAUUCAGCAUGGACAUCCUGAAGCCGGGCGUGAGCUAUGACUUCCGGGUCAUCGCAGUCAACGACUACGGCUUCGGCACCCCCAGCAGCCCCUCCCAGUCUGUGCCAGCCCAGAAAGCCAACCCCUUCUAUGAGGAGUGGUGGUUCCUAGUGGUCAUCGCCCUGGUCGGCCUCAUCUUCAUCCUGCUGCUGGUCUUUGUGCUCAUCAUCCGGGGCCAGAGCAAGAAGUACGCCAAGAAGACAGACUCGGGGAGCAGCGCCAAGUCUGGAGCCCUAGGCCACAGCGAGAUGAUGAGCUUGGAUGAAAGCAGCUUCCCUGCCCUGGAACUCAACAACAGGCGGCUCUCCGUCAAGAACUCUUUCUGUCGAAAGAACGGCCUGUACACCAGGUCUCCCCCUCGGCCCAGCCCAGGCAGCCUGCACUACUCAGAUGAGGAUGUCACCAAGUACAAUGACCUCAUCCCUGCAGAGAGCAGCAGCCUGACCGAGAAGCCCUCGGAAAUCUCCGACUCUCAGGGAAGUGACAGCGAGUAUGAGGUUGACUCAAACCACCAGAAGGCCCAUUCCUUUGUCAACCACUACAUCAGCGACCCCACGUACUACAACUCGUGGCGGAGGCAGCAGAAGGGUAUCUCGAGGGCGCAGGCCUACAGCUACACGGAGAGCGACUCGGGUGAGCCAGACCACGCCACUGUCACCAACAGCACCAGCACCCAGCAGGGCAGCCUCUUUCGGCCCAAAAGCAGUCGGACUCCAACGCCCCAGAAUCCCCCAAACCCCCCAAGUCAGCAGAGCACCCUCUACCGCCCCCCCAGCAGCCUGGCCCCUGGCUCCCGGGCCCCCAUUGCAGGAUUCUCAUCAUUUGUUUGACAUCGGAAGAGGAAAAAGAAAGAGAAAUGGCACCAAACUCCUCCUUCACCCCUCCUCUUACUGGCUGCCAGAAGACAAAAACGCCAAGAAACCAAGUCAACUUUUCACCUCCUGAGUUUAUUUUUCCAGAGACUCCAGCGCCAGCAAAGCCGGCGUUCGGAAGGAGAGGAAAAUCAUGCGAGGAUGUGUGUGGCCAGCAGCUCUUUGGCUUUAAGAUGAUGGGGUUCACUGCUCCUUCGGGAAUUUCACGGAGCUGGGGAAGUGGCCGUAGUGUCACUGCUACGGACACAGAUUGGGGUGGGCCUCUGGGGAGAGAGAGGGAGUGAAGGCGGAGGACUGGAGCCGCCAGGCAGGCGUGGCCAAGGGAAGAAGAAGCUUCUGGGUGUUCAGCCAGCUGCCCUCUUCCAGCCCCUGCAGAACCCCUGGACCCACUGCCACUACCCUCUGCAAAAAGGAUGGGUAUCCCAGAGGCCACGCCUGCCUUCUCUCCCUGCUCCUCCUUCCCCUCUCCCUCCUGCACCAUCACCAUGGACAGCCUUGCCCAGACCCCCGUUCCGCCUGGGCAACCUCUACUGCCCACCUCCCCUGCUCAACUUCUCCACCAAGCAUUUGGUUUAUUUAGAAAAAGGAAGAAAACCCUAAAGGGUGAGAAUUUGCUUAGCGCCUUCCUUGUUCCUGCAGAUUUUUUAAAAUUUUGAAUCCAAGGAAGAAAGCCCAAGGGUAGGGGAGAAGUCCCCACCACUGGCCCCUGCCCCCCUGUGCUGGAAUUUACCUUCCUGAGCACGGACAAGGAGAAACGAAGUCUGGGGAGCAGAGGCGUAAAUAAGGCAACUGGCCUGGGCACUGUGGGAGAAUUAGGUUUAAUGCAUUGUGGGUAAGAUAAGAAUGAAGCUUUGACUGUUCUCUUUCUUCCAA